AUGUCAGCGGUGGUGCAUUUUCAACGCGAAUCGCUGGGGCGUAUCACCAGCAGUGAGUUUGUCCUUUCCAUGUUCCGUAAGCUCUGCUGCGUCGCCCAGAAAGAAGCUCGCAUCGGCAGGUGCCUGGAUGCGUAUCGGGGGGACGACGGGCAUUUCAAUCCCAGGAUCAACGACUCGGAGCUCUACUAUCUGGUGGCCUUGCUCUACCUCGCGCGCUUCUUCGGCCACGACAAGAACCGUGUGCGGGAGUUCCUCAAGCGAGACGAUUGCUUGGUGACGGGAGCGGAGCUGCUGGAUCUCGUUGCCGCUGCGACUCCUCUGGAAUCGUGCUCCAGCGCCAUGCUUAAGGAGAUGCGAGAAAUGAUCGACAAGGUCUUUGAAUCCAAAUUCUUCUCUCGCCACAUUGCUGAGAACGACUGCAGCCCCGUUCUCAAGUAUCUGCGAGAGCAACUAAAAAAUCUGGAUGGCGAGGAUGCCGAGCAAGCUAGCAAGGGAGAGAAAUAUCUGGCGCAGGAGCAUUUGCAGGAGCUGGAAAGAACAAUCCUUACUAUCUACAAGUAUACUUACUUGGGGCCGUAUAGAUGGGAUCCAGAAACGUCUGUCUGGGGCAUCGACGAAGACUUCUUCGAUCGACCAAGUGAUGACGAGUGGGACAGGCUGCUGCAAGCUGCUCGCGACAAUCCUUUCUUCUACGAUCUUAUCUCGCUCAAGCCACCAAAUUGCAGAUACAACUUGCACGAAGAGGCUUUCCUCGAGUGUGUUGAGCACGCACAUCUUUGGCUUCUCAAUGCUGGCCUUCCAGUCUACUACAACUUCCCGCUGCACUGUUUGUAUUGA